AUGUUUAAUCUUUAAAAUGGUUUUGAUUUAGAAUAAGAUAUAGAAUUAAGGGCUGUGUAGAAUGAAGACUUUGAAUAAUAAUAUUUGGGAUAAUGUUUACGGGAGUCAAAAAGAGAAUAUUCGUCGUUAUUUCCCUAAGUUGCUAGUAGAACAUUGAGUGCGAGAAGCUUAGAAGCUAAAUAUUUACAUAAUCCUAAUUCCUUUCAUUCAAACUAUGAAGAGAAUAUAAUAGCUUCAAAUAUGUAAACACCUAAAUUAGCAGUUUUAUAAACUCGAGAUUCAAGUAGAAAAAGUUAAGUAAAUGCUUAAAUAAGUUAAACAAAUGCUUAACUAAGUUUUAAGUUUUUAUUUUUCAUUGGAAGAUUCGUAGAAAAAUUAUCAUUUAAUCGUAAAAGAUUAGGGAGUCUAAAUGAGGCUCAUUUUAAUCUGAUUGGUGAUAAGGCUUCUGAUGCGUAUAAAAAAUCAUUUAUUCUCUUUAGGCAAAAUUUAUUUACAUAUUCAAAACGUGUUAAAUAAGCCGGAUUUAAUCUAAAGAGAAUGAAAACUCUUUUAGAUAGAGAUAAAGUCAUGCGAGAUACCAUAAGUCUUGAGUAAGUAAAAGAAGAUUUGAAAAAAUUGAGAAAACCUAUUUUUAAUUGCAUCAAUGCAAUAAUUAAUAAAAUUCCUAUUGUUUAACCAGAAUCACUCUUCAAAAUGUAUUGGGAUUUCUUUACAUCCUUUUUUAGAAUCAUUCUUUUAAUCUUGGUUCCACUUGAAAUAGCUUUUAAACCUGAAAUUCUCUUUAGCAAUCUUAUUUCAUUGACUUAUGUUAUCCUCAUUAUUCUAUAAUUAGAUUUUCUAAUAAGAUUAAAUACUCUUACAUAUAAAAAUGGAAUUGCAAUUAAAGAUAAAUGGGAAUUAGUUAUACAUCAGUUAAAAAAGGAGUUUCUUACUGAUUUUUCGACUUCUUUGAUUUUGAUCAUAUUUAUGAUCAUACCUGAUAUGAAAACUAAAGCUAAUUUAUUUUUAUUAUUAAUUUUAGCUUAACAUAAAUAUGUUUAUGAGACAUUUGCUAAAAGUGAUUAGAUUUCAUAUUUAACAAGACCAUAAAGAGGUAUUUUUGGAUUGUUAAAAUUUAUCUUAAGUCUUCUCUAUAUUUUGCAUUUAUUUAGUUGCAUAUGGUUUUAUUUCAGUAGUAUAAGUCUUGAAGAUUCAUGGAUUCGAUUUAAUGAUUUAGAAAAUAAGAAUUGGGAAGAUUAAUAUUUAUAAGCACUUUACUUUGCUGUAGUGACUAUGUUAACAAUUGGUUAUGGUGAUAUGGUACCAAAGAAUGCAAUAGAGAAAAUUGUAACAAUUGUAUUUGUUUUAGGGGCAUGUAAUUUAAAUUUCUAUAAUAAAGGUCUAUGGGUUUCUUAUAGUGUAAAUUUCAUUGGUGGUAUUAUUGAUGAUAUCACUUAAAAUUAAGUUGAAAGGAAUCGCAGAAUGAGAGUUAUUAAUAAAUAUAUGAAUUAAAGAAAGAUACCCUUUAAUUUAUAACAUUAGUAUUUAAUUAUUAUAAAUUAUAUUAGAGUUAAAGAAUAUCUAACUUACAGAUGGAAAGAAGAUGAUGAAGUUGACCUAGAAAUGGAACAAACAUUACUAGAAUAAUUAUCAGAUGAAUUAAAAGAAGAACUCAAUAAUUAGGCUCAUAAAGUAUAUAUGGAGAAGUCAGACUUUUUAAAAAAAAAUUUUAGUGAAGAAUUACGUAAUGCACUUUUUAAAUAUAUUAAAAGAAAAAUCAUUCCUCCUUAAGUUACUUUUUCAACUGAAUUUGAUAAUUAAUAACAUCUAUGCUUUGUUGAAUAAGGAUUCAUUGUUUAUUAGCAUCCUGAAAAUAAAUAAAAAUUUAAAACUAAUUCCUUCAUUAAUUAAGGUUAAUUUUUUUGUGUAAACGAUUUUAUAUCUAACAAUCCUUAAAUUGAUCUUUUUAAAUCUAUAGGAUAUACUAGUCUAUUAAUAUUAUCGAAAUCAGAUUUCAUUAAGACUUUAAAAGAAUUUCCUAAUGAUUUUUAGAAAUACUGUUAAUUGAGAGAAAAUUUUAAUUUGAGUUAUAUGCCUCCUAUUUUAGAAAAUGGAUCAUUUUGUCCAGCUUGUUAAAAUUUUAAACAUCCCCUAAAUAAAUGUCCUUAAGUUUUAUUUGUACCAGAUAGAGAAGCAGUGAUAAAAAGAUAUUGUUAGGCAGAAUUUCAAUAAGCAAAUAAAUCUUUUAAAAGAUAAGAAAAUUUUAAAUUAGAAUGGAGACGUACAAGAUAAAUGAAAGAUUAUCUAUAAUAAUAUGCAUCUGCUUUUCAAAGUGAUAAAUUAUAGAUUAUUGCAAUAUAAUCUAAAGUUUAGUUGAAUUUAGAGUGGGGAUCAGAUUCUAAUUCAUCAAUAGAUGAUGCAUAAUCUCCUGGAUUUAAGAUUCCAUAGAAUUUACCUAUUUUUGAGGCAUAAAAUAUAAAAUAAACAAGGAAAAAUAGAUUAAUAGCUGAUUAAUAAGUUUAAAAUAAGUCAGAUACUAGAUAGAAUUUAAAUUAAGCACUUUAGAUUAGGAAAUAAUCAAUUUUAUCAGGAGGGAUAUCAUUAGGUUUUACUAAAUAUAUCUCUUCAAAACAUAAAAUUGAGAUUCCAUAAAUUGAUGAGAUUAAAGAAGGGGAUAGUUCAGAAGAUGAUGAUGAUGAUGAAAGUGAUGAAUCAACAGAUAAAUAGAAUGAUGAUAUUAUUGAUUAUAAAAAAGAGUUAGAGAAAAAGGCAUAGGCAAUUCAGGAUUUUAAUGAUGAUAUGUAAGAAAAUAUAACAAAUUUAUAUCAUUAAUUACAAACAAAUUUAGAAUAAAAUUAAAAUGAUUUAAUUGUUAGAAAAGCAUUGUAAUCUUUACAACCACUCUAUUGGUCAUUAAAUUAAUAAAAAUUUGAUGAGUUUGAAUCAUAAUCUUAGUUUGAUUAUUAUUUUAAUUAAUAAAAUGCAAAAGAUGUUAUUAUGUUUAUAAAUAGAGAUAUAUUUCAAUGGGAAAAAGUUUUUUUAGAUAGGAUGAGAUAAUUUAUGUAUUAUCCAUUUUAAUAUAUAUUAAAAUUUAUGAGAUUGAAAAGAAAUGAUACUAUAAAAAAUGAAAAACCUCUGGUUGAAAAUGUGUAAAGUAAUCUGGGUGAUUUAAAGAAGAAUUUAAAAUUUAAGAAAAAAUCAACUCUAGUUAAAUAGACUUUAAAAUUUAAUUCUGUAGUUCCAGAUCAUAGUAAAUUCUAAGGAAAAUAAUUUAAAUGA